AUGCCCGGCCGCGCUCCACACCUGCCGGGGAGCGGCUUCGUUACCGGCGGGGCCCGGCAGCGAUGUCCGAGGGCCCCGCAGCCGCUGCCACGCCGGGAGCAGCGCCCAGCGGGUGGACGGUGCCCCUCCCCAUGGCGGCUGGGCCCCCACGUAACGCCAGCCAAACUGGACACCGUGGUCCCACGAGAGAAUCCCCCCGGCCAGAGCCCACCCGCCUGCCACCUCCGGCCCAGCCCAGACUCAUCUGUCACUGCCUGUCCCCACACUGACCCGGCAUCCCGUGGGUCGGACACGGGCACACACCGCGAUGCCUCAACCAUCACCGAGCUGUGCAGUGGGGACAUCCCCGAGGUGGAGAUCAUCAGCCUGCUGGGCGAGCAGCUGCCCCGCUACACGCUGCGGGCUGACACCGUCUUUGGCUACGACCACGGUGACUGGCUGAGAGCCCCCCUCGGCCCCCCACAGCCAGCGGCCCCCCUCGCCCCCCAGCAGAUCGAGGAGACCCUGCAGUAUUUCCUCCUGUGUGCUGAGCGGGUGGUCAGGAUCACCAAGACCUACCACGACAUCGACGCCGUCACCAACCUGCUGGAUGAGAAGGAGCGGGACCUGGAGCUGGCGGCGCGCAUCGGGCAGUCCCUGCUGAAGCAGAACCGGAGCCUGACCGAGCGCAAUGAGCUGCUGGAGGAGCAGCUGGAGUUGGCCAAGGAGGAGAUUGCGCAGCUGCGCCAUGAGGUCUCCAUGCGGGAUGACCUUCUCCACUUUUACACCACCACGACAGAGGAGAGCGAGCCCACCACCACCACCUCCACACCGCUGCGCCGGCACGAGUCUUCACUGUCCCUGCAGCAGUACUUCCAGUACGACACCUUGCAGCAGAAGCUGAAAUGCCUGGAGGAGGAGAACCAGAAGCUCCGCAUGGAGGCCACCAGCAUCGCCACAGAGACUUGCCAGUAUGAGGACCAGGAGCAGCAGCUGAUGAUCGACUGCGUGGAGCAGUUCUCCGAAGCGAGCCAGCAGGUCGUUCACCUGUCGGAGGAGCUGGCGCACCGGGCGGAGGACGCGGCGCGGCAGCAGGAGGAGAUCACGCAGCUCCUGGCGCAGGUCGCGGACCUGCAGCAGAAGUGCCGCUCGUACGGCUCCGAGGUGGAGGAGCUCCAGCAGCACCUGACUGCGGCGAAGGAGGUGCAGCAGCAGCUCCGGAUGGAGCUGCGGGACCUGCAGGAGAAGUACGCGGAGUGCGGCGGGAUGCUGCAGGAAGCGCAGGAGGAGGUGAAGAGCCUGCGGAGCCGCAGCUUGCCCAACAGCACCGUGAGCCGCUACAGCGCGGCCAGUCUGCUGCCCGUGGACUCGCUGGCUGCUGAGAUCAAGGGCAUGAUGAGGAAGAGGACUGACAGCUCCUCCUCGGACUACAAGAGUUACCUGCGCGUCUUCGAGACGGUGAAGGCAGUGAACCAGGCAGCCAAAGCCAAGUCUUGCUCCGAGUCUCCCCACCACAUGCCAGGCUCCAAGCAGUUGUCAGCCGCCCACUCUGGGGGGGCCAGCACCCCCCACAUCAGCUGCUCCGGCUCGGAGGGUGCCCGGGCCGGGGGGUCCGGCGGGGCCCGCUGGGCAGCCCCGGGCCGGCAGGACCUGGAGGCGGCGGUGCAGCGGCUGUCGGCGCGGCAGCAGAGCCACUCCUCCGAGGAGCGCUCCUUCUUCGAGGCCGAGCGGGAGCGCAAGCUCUGGCGCCUGAGGGACGGGGCGAACUCCAGCGGCUUCCUCACCCCCAACGAGAGCAUCGUCUCCACGGGGACCAGCUACUCGGGGGGCUCGGAGCUCACCGCCGGCUCCACCUUUUCCCUCGGCUCCCUCACGUACCUGCCCGACAAGCUGCAGAUCGUGAAGCCACUGGAAGGCUCUGUGACACUCCACCACUGGCAGCAGCUGGCACAACCCAACCUGGGCGGGAUCCUGGUGCCCCGUCCCGGGGUGCUCACCAAAGACUUCAGGCAGCUGGACAUCGACCUGGAGGAGGUGUACAGCCUCAAUGACCUGGAGGAGGAUGAUGUGGACACUGGCUCCUUCCAGCUGCUCCCUACCUCAACACCCGCCAAAGCCAAGGAGCGCCCCAGGGUGUUCCUCUCUGUUAACAACCUCCCCCAGACCCCGUCUACCUUCACCAUCACCACCUGCCACAUCCUCCACCCCACCACUGCGAUCACCACGGUGACACCCAGUCUGUAUCAUGCCGUCGUGCCUUCUUGUGGGCCCUUUGAGGGGCUGAGCCUCAGCAGCCCCUCGCCAGAACAGUCUCCCCCCACGCUGGUGCUUGGCCCUGGACCCCCAAGCACCCCCGUGGGACUCUUCAGGCUCUUGCUGGGGCGAGAUUCCCACUCGGCACCAGGGACUGGAUUGUGGCGGGCCCCCUCACUCUGCUCCCAGGACUCCCAGCACGCUGAGCCCCAGCCCUCCCCUGUGCCCCGGGGGCAGGAUGGAUCCCCACCCAGGAGCAGCAUCUUCAGCUGGAACCUGGUGGAGAAGCUGCGGCGCCUGGGGCUGGACAAGGUGGUGGCCAGAGGGGAGAUGUCCCGUGCCCAGGGAGGGCACAGGGGGGCCCGGGGCACCCUGACGUGACACUGCUGCAGAGCCCCCAGGCUCACGGUGAGACACAUCCUCUUCCUUGCCCAUCCACGGGGAAACGGAGACAGGACAAGCUUCAGCCUCCUCUCCAGGUGCUGCCCAGGACCGGCAGCACUCCCGGCACUUGAGGAGGGCUUUGCCCUGGCUGCAAGGACAGAACCCAGCACUGCUCCCCAUGUGUGGGGGGUGCAGGGGGUGCCGACUGACCCUGUCCCUGCUGGGGGUAAUGGACCCUUCACAGGAGCCAGUUUCUGGCAAUAAGAACUGUUCCUGCUUCUGCUGAGCCUGUUCAAGGAGUGAGGGGCAGCUUGGCCCUUCGGGGCUCUCCAGAGCUGCAGCAAAGGGCGAUGCUCAGGUGGGUCCUGGGGGAACCUGCGUGUGCCAGGGGAGAUCCCCCCAGCCCAGGCUGGGCCCCUGGCCAGCACCCGGACUGGCUUUUAAAAGGAAUGGUGGUUUAAACUCUUUCCCACUCACUGAGUAGCAAUAGUAGCAGCACCCGCAGCUCGGGUUGUUUCUUGGGGUGCUGCUGUUGCUCCCACUGGCCACGUCCCU